GGUGUUACGAUGAAUUAAUGCAUCCCAGUGUCAUCACAUACAGUCUUGAGUUGACACGUUGGUACGUCGUCCAUACUGCUCCAUCAGAGAGAGCUAGCUACUAGCAAGCGCGAGACUUGGUACGUUCGACCCGCCGCUCUAGCUUAGAUCACCAGCUUCUUCCUGCAUCGAGCGAUCAUGGGGGCAACCGCUGACCAGGUGCGAAUUCUCAGCGUCACCCACGUCCAGCCUGACCGCCAGACCACCAACCUGUGGCCGCUGGCCGACGACCACACCAUCAUGAAGCUUUCCUUCCUCGACUCCUUCCACGUCGCCACGGGGCCGAUCCAGCGCCUCUUCUUCUACGACGGCCCCGGCCUCCCGCCCUUCCCGUUCAUCGCCGGCUCGCUCCGCUCCUCCCUGGCUGCCACGCUCCACGUCUUCCUCCCGCUCGCUGGCAAGCUGGCCUUCCGGCCCGCCUCCGGCCACGUCGUCCUGGACUGCUCCCCCUCCGCCGUCUCAUCCUCGCGCGUCAAGUUCGUGGAGGCCGAGUUCCUGCCAGGCGCCGACGCCUUGCGCCGCCUCGCCGGCGACGAGGAGCACGACACCGAGGCGUUCGCGUGGUUGGUGCCGGAACUCGAUGAUGCCGGGAAGCUUCCGGCGCCGGUGCUCGCCGUGCAGGUCACGAGGCCGGCUGGCGACGGCAGAGGCGUGGUGGCCGUGGGCGUGUCCCUCCACCACGCCGUGGCCGAUGGCAAGUCGUUUUGGCAGUUCCUGAGGUGGUGGUCCGCCGCGUCGCGUGGAGACUUGCUCACCGCCGUGCCGGGCGACCUCAUGCCGCCGCCGCCGUUCGACCGGACGGCGAUUCGCCACCGCAGGGAAGAGGAGCUCACCGCCUGGAUCUUGCGGUUGAGAGCGCCAAUGCUUCCUACGCUCGGACAUCGGUGGUCGUCGAGUACUGCGUGCCGGCGCACCAAAACCUUCCUCCUCGUCGCCGACGAGAUCCAGUCGCUGAAGCAACGCCUUUCACAAAAGCUGCCCAAACCGGCGAGCGCCUACGUCGCUAUCUCGUCGCUGGCCUGGACGUGCAUCGUCGGCGCCAAGAUGUCGUCACACAUGAUCCAUGAUGACGACGACGCCUUCCUGAUGGUGCACGCGGACUGCCGGGGCCGUCUCCACCGGCCCCCUAUCGACAAGGGCUUCUUUGGGAACUGUGUCAAGCCAUGCUACGCGAGAGCGAGAGCGGCGAACUUGAUGCCACCGCGCCACCUCGUUGAGCAUAACGACGGCCUUGCCCACGCCGCCGCAGCCAUCCAGGAGACGAUCCGCGACGGCUUGGAGGCGGCAGGGGAAAACCUGUUCGCCAACUUCGGAGAGGUGUUGAAGUACCACAUGGCGCUGCCGCCGGGGAGGGCGAGCACGGUGGGGUCGUCUCACCGGUUCAUGGCGUACGAG